AUGGAUAUGACAAUAUCACCAAUGCAUAAGCUACCUAUUCACGAGCAUCCUCUUUUCCCUUCAGCUAUGUUUAUCAAAAGGAAAUGUGCUGGCUGCCAGGUAGUAGGAGUCAUGUACGGUGGCUACUUUUGCAACGAGGCUCAUUGUAAUGGUUGGUUCCAUAAGGACUGUGCGGAAUCCCCAUUACAGAUCAAUCAUCACCUGUCACACCCGGAGCAUCCACUCGUGCUCAGUAAGAUGUCUCCAAGGGAAUAUGGUACUCCAUGUGAAAUUUGUGGACAAGAUAUUUUGGCCGCAUGUUAUUCAUGUCCCACAUGUGAAUUCAAAGUGGAUUUGAUUUGUGGGACUAAACCAUCCCCACCUGUUAUUGAACAUCCGGUGUGUCAUGACCAUACACUUGUGUUCACGAAGAAACGAAUGGAGGGAGAUUCGGUCCCCUGUGAAGUAUGCAAGAAACAUAUUGAUGGACCUUUAUAUUCAUGUUCUGAAUGUAAUAACAUGUACUUUCACUUGGAUUGUGUUCAUCUCUCAAAAGAGUGUGCUUUUGUUGUCUCUGGACCUUGUGUUGGCUUACCCCGCAUCAUAAACAUCAAUCGUCAUGAUCAUCGCAUCUCUUUUAGGCCUCAUCUUGGCUACAAGGGUGCAAAAUGUGGAGUUUGUCGAGAAAGAGUAAAUCAGUACUACGGAGCUUAUUCUUGCUCGAUUUGCCCUAAUUAUGUAGUUCACUCACGAUGUGCAGUUGAUUUUAAUUUAUGGAAUGGCGUCGAACUCGAAGGGAUACCCGAGACCAGUGAAGAUGUUGUGCCAUAUAAGGUGAUGGGUGAUAAUUUGAUACGUCAUUUCUUUCAUGAUAAACAUAUUUUAUUCUUGAAAGAUCAUGACAUGGUUGGUGAUGACUAUGUGAGGUACCAAUGUGAAGCAUGCGUCUCACCGAUCGGGUUUGGCCCAGUCUACAGCUGUCAGGAAUGUCAUUUUUUUUUCCAUGAAAAGUGUGCUUAUCUUCCUAUGAAGAAAAACCUUGUCUAUGCCACCACACCAUACAAGUUGGAGUAUCAAGGCAUUGCUAUAUACUGUAACUUGUGUGGUACAUUCUCUGGUGGUUUUAAGUACAGAUCGCAGGGACUUUCUUUGGAAUAUCCCGUUGUAGAUGUACAUUGUAGUUCCAUUUCUGAGCCAUUCGUCCAUAAUGGACAUUUGCAUCCGUUAUAUUUUGUUAAAACAAAGGAGCAACGCUAUUGCGAUGCAUGUCGAAGAGUUCCAGAUGGCUACAUGCUCAAUUGUAGUGCUUGUGAGUUUGACUUGUGUUUGUAUUGUGCUACUUUGCCAGAGAAGAUAUGGCAUAUAAGCGAUGAGCACCCUCUCUCUUUAUACUAUGGCGGAAAGACGAUGACCGGCAAAAACUGGUGUGAAGUUUGUGAAAUGGAGUUAUACUCAAUUAAAUGGUUCUUUACAUGUUCUGAUUGUGGAGUCACUUUGCAUGUUGGAUGCGUACUAGGAGACUUCUCACGUCUCACUCCAAACUGUUCCAUUCCCCUUGAGAGAAAAGAAUAUUUAGUGAUUCUUAACUAUCAGAACAGUCGGCCAUUCUGCACAUAUUGCCACAAUCGAUGCAAGGCCCCUGUCAUCUUACAGGUCAAUGACCAACAUAAUGGAUACAUUUGCUCCAUUUCAUGUUUAAUGAGUUUUUCGGGUGUCAAAUUGUCUGAGGAAAUAUUGUGGUGAAUGUUUCUAGUGAGAAAAACUGGUUGGUUGGUUAUUUAUCAAAAUGCAAGUUAUAACUAAGGAAUGUAUUUUUCUUUUGUUAAUGAAAAUAAUAUAUGAUUC